UAAAGCGCAUGCGCAGAGUCUCGGACUUGACAGUGGUAAACAGACGUCAGAAGGGAGUCUUCGCCUCGAGUCAAAACAAAACAAACGCUAACAAACUCUUCCACACUGACCAAGAGUGCAUCUUGGGACCACCGGCGCGACGGAAACUUCCCGCCGAAUCGUCGCCGGCUUCAAACGGGUACUUUGGACGAGUUCUCGGCGGCUUUCGGCCGACUUUUCGGCGCCUCGCAAACUCCGGAGUAGCAGGAGCUUAAGCGGCUAACGUGACCGGGGGGCUACCUGGGGUUGUUUUCCUAAAAGUUAGCAGCCGGGCGGAGGGGGGAGAGGAGACGAGACUCCUCCGCCGAAAGAGGCUUUUGUUCGGUUACUUGUCAGGACGACCGAGUCGCCCGGUUCGGCGAGCUCCGGGGCCUCGGCGGAGUCGGAGGCGAUUUGUAGCCGCCUCUCGUGGCAUCGUGUGCGGCGCCACGAGUGGAGAAACAUGGCAGAUGGCGACAUGUGGCGGAUUGCGCACACUUAAAAACAUCGCGUACGGUUAGUAAGUCAAACUAUUCUCCUUCGCUCGCUUUUUUUUUUUUUUUUUUUUGUUAGUUCUUCUUUUAUUAUAUUUUUUUGUUUUUAAACAGACACCACCAUUUUGUAGUCCCCCCCCCCCCAACUCCGCUAAUGGUCGGGCCCGAACUGGACUGUCAGUUUUGAGUAGUAGUAGGUGUCAUUUGGGGUCUUUGUAAAAUAAUUGGGUCAAGUUUUUUUUCAAGGACAUCUUUUUAGCAAUUUAUUUUGUCAACUUUAUUUAUAAACUCAUCCAUACUGUCAUAACUCUCGUACUUUUUUUUCACAUUUUAGUCCAGUUUUUAAACAAAAAACAUUUUUUUGGGACAAAGACAUCCCAUUCCUCCUAUACAAAUCAGGAGGUUUAUGAUAGUUAGUAUUAAGGAGAUUAUUUGGGUUCCCUAAUCUCCAAUCUGAGGAUUAACUGGAGCUAUUGGUGUGCCCAGAUUAUUACGUCUUUUUUUUUUUUUUAUCCCCCACCACCUUGUUGUUGUUUUUCUUUGGUGGGAUAAAAAUAUUGGAGGAGGUUUGCAAGUAGUUCCGGCGCAGAGGAGGCCAUCGCCAUGGAGGAAUUGUCACCGUUGCCUGCCAUCGACCCGGAUUUUGAGCCGCAGAGCCGGCCCCGCUCGUGCACGUGGCCACUGCCCCGGCCGGACAUCUCGGCCGUGAAGCAGGAACCCCCCGACGGCGGCGAGUCGGCCGCGGGGACCCCGCCUGCUGAAGAUGACGGCAAGCAGAGGCAGCACGCGGCGGCCGAGCCGGAGAAGGCGCCAGGGGCGGGGCUGUCGGGGACUGACCCCGGGGCCUCUGGUGGGGUGACACCCCGCAAGGGCUCGUCUAGGCGGAACGCUUGGGGCAACCAGAGCUACGCCGACCUCAUCAGUCAGGCCAUUGAGAACUCUCCCGAAAAGAGGCUGACACUGGCGCAAAUCUACGAGUGGAUGGUCAAAACCGUGCCCUACUUCCGGGAUAAGGGGGACAGCAACAGCUCGGCCGGAUGGAAGAACUCCAUCCGUCACAAUUUGUCCCUGCACAACAAGUUCCUGCGGGUCCACAACGAGUCGACGGGCAAGAGCUCGUGGUGGAUGCUCAAUCCCGAAGGCGGCAAAACAGGCAAGGCCCCCCGCCGCCGCGCCGCCUCCAUGGACAACGGCGGCAAGCUGCUCAAGAGCCGAGUGCGGGCAAAGCAGACCAAGAAGCAGGCGGAGGGUGCGGCGGGGGCGGCGGCCGGCGCCGACAGCCCUAACUCGUCCCAGCAGUUCCCGAAGUGGGGGGUAAGCGGCGGCAGCCCUUCCCCACGGGGCGUGCUGGACGACGGCGACAUGUGGACGUCCUUCCGCCCGCGCACCAGCUCCAACGCCAGCACCCUGAGCGGGCGUCUGUCCCCCAUCGCUCCCGGGCAGGAGGACGACGAGAGCCUGGCUGAUGACGGGCUGCUGGGCCGCUACACCACCAGUUCUUUGACGCCCACCCUCGCUGAGAGCCUGAUGGAGGAACUGGACCUGAUCGAUGGGCUGACGCUAAUGAGCGGGCGGCGAGGCGGCGCCAGCCCCAGCACGGCUCCGCCGGCGCCUCCCACCCCGUUGCCGUCGGCCUCCACCCUGCUGCCACGCGCGUCCUCGACCUUCUCGCCCCCGGACGCCGGCCCCGCCUUCGGGAACUCCCUCUUCGGAUCGGCCCCUUACGGUGCCCGCGCGCCCUCCAGCCUGGAGGCGCUGCUCACCUCCGACUCUCCUCCGCCCACCGAGGUCCUGAUGUCGGCCGGCCUGGGCGUCGGCCCCAAAGCGCCGCAGCUGCUGCUGGCGCCAAAGGGUCCGGAGGUGACGCCGCCGGGCCCCCGGAGCCUUCAACCGCCCAUGCAGCAGCACUUGCACCAGCACCACUCCCCGCUGGGCCUGGGCAUGAUCCUAUCCGGCGCGGGGCCGCAACACGCCGCCCCGCUUCCGGCAGCCAACCCCUUCGGGGCACCGCACUGCUUCCACGCGGUGCCCGAGCGGCUGCCCACCGACCUGGACGUGGACAUGUUUACCGAGAACCUGGACUGCGACGUGGACUACAUCAUCAACAGCGACCUCAUGGACGGCGACGCCAUUGACUUUAACUUCGACCCCGUCCUGCCCGCCGGACAGUCGUACGCCGGACCGGCCACCACCCAAGGCUCCGCCCACAACUGGGUACCCAGCUAAAGAGUUUGACAGGAGAGGAGAAGCCCCGCCCUCCAAAAGGACAAACGACCGGCUUCCCGUCACGUGCCAAGGCAAUGACCGACUAUGCAGACUUUUUUAGCCCCGCCUCCUCCUCAUCUUCCUCUAUUUUCUUCAUUUUUUUCUUUAACAUGACUGGCAGACAUUUUACAAACAUUUGGGGGGCUGGGGGGGGGGCAUGCACCGCCGCUUUUUGGUACUGAAUCCUCAUGGUUUUUUAUGAUGGCCAGUUCUCCGGUACAAAACGACGAUUUUUUUUUUCUCACGCAAGAGACGACGCAUGACUUUUUGAGGGGGAGGGGCAGAAUCAACACUAAUUGCUAUUUAGGCAAUUUAGAUUUCUAUUGCUCUUAAACCUCCAAUAAGUAGUUAAGCAUUUUUCCAGUACUAACUUUUUACGGUCAUUGAUAGCGAUACAGAUCCAAUUUUUUAUUUAUUUUUUUGACGAGGGUGGGGGUGGGGCUUGAAACCCUGGUCAAACGGAAUUGGACAUGUAUCGGCAUCAGUGGUGGCCAAUGUUAAAAGCAACCUUAUUUGUCGGUAACUACCACAACUCAUACCGUUUUAACCCUUUAUAGGGCAUUUGUUGAAAUUUGACUAUUAAUAAUAAAAUGAAUAGGCCUUUGAGUGUAAUUGGAGGCCAGAGCCAGAAUUAAUUUCUCAUUCAAAUGUCCUAAAAUGAACAGGAAGUGACCAAAAUAAGAAAAGUGACUCAGAAAUGACCACAAAUUAAAAGAAAGUGACUCUAAAGCCCUCAAAAAUCCAUUACAAAAUGACCCAAAUUCACAGAAGGCAACCUAGAAAUCACCCCAAAAUUAACAGGAAAUGACCCCUAAAUCGAAUUGCACCAACAUUAACAGAAGGUGACUCAAACUCCCAAAAAUCCAUUACAAAGUGACCAAAAUUCACAGAAAGUGGCCCAGAAAUGCCCCAACAUUAACAGAAAGUGACCCCAAAAAUGCCCAAAAUCCAUUACAAAGCAAUAAAAAUUCAAAGGAACUGAGUGACCCAGAAAUUCCCCAAAAUUAACUAAAAGUGACCCUGAAAGUCCCAAAAAUCCAUUACAAAGUGACCAAAAAUCACAGGAAGUGACCCGUAAAUGCCUCAUAAUCUAUUACAAAGUGACAAAAAUUCACAGGAAGCAACCCAGAAAUGUCCCAAAAUGAACAGGAAGUGACCUAAAAAUUAAAAUGCCCCAAAUAAAUUUGACUGACCCUACAUAACUCCCCAAAGUCCAUUACAAAGUCACCAAAAUUCACUGGAAGUGAUCUAAUAAUGCCUCAAAACAAAGAGGACGUGUCCCCCAAAAAAUACCCCAAAAUCAAUAGGAAGUGACACUAAAACUCCUCAAAAUCCAUUACAAAGUGACCAAAAUUCACAGCAAGUGACCCAGAAAUGCCCCGAAAUUUAUAGAAAGUGACCCCAAAAUGCCGCAAAAUCAACAAGGAGUCACCCUAAAAAUCAACAAAAUUCAUUACAAAGUGACCAAAAUUAAUAGGAAGUGAUCCAAAAAUGCCCCAAAUUUAACAAAGUCAAUUAAAUUGCACCCAAAUUCACAGGGAGGGAUCCAAAAAAUACCCCAAAAUCAAUAGAAGGUGACUAACACUAACUCCCCAAAAUCCCAUACAAAUUGACCAAAAUUGACAGGAAAUGACCCAAAAUGCCCCAAAAUUCAUCGGAAGCAACCCAGUAACGCCCCAAAAUUAACAGGAAGUGACUCUAAAAUGCCCUAAAAUCCCUUACAAAGUGACCAAAAUUGACAGGAAAUGACCCAAAAUUCACUGGAAGCGACAGAAAUGCCUCAGAUUUAACAGAAAGUGACCCGAAAAUCAAACUGCCCACAAAUUACAGGAAACGACUCUAAAACUCUCAAAAAAUCAUUUCAAAAAUCAUCAAAGUGACCGAAAUUGACAGGAAAUGACCCAAAAAUGCUCCAAAAUUAAGACGAAGUGUCGCAAAAAAUGCCUAAAAAUCAAUUAAAGUGACCCCAAAACUCAUGACAAAAUAACCAGAUGCCCCAAAAUUAUCAGGAAUUGUCAUUAAAAACAAUAACUCCCCAAAAACCAUUGCAAAGUCACCAAAAUUCACAGAAAGUGACACAGAAAUCAAUUGAAGUUACCCUAAAACAUCCGCAAAUUCAUUGAAAUGUGACCAAAAUUUACAGGAAACAACCCAGAAAUGUCCCAAAAUUAACAGGAAGUGACUCAAAAAUCAAACUGCCCCAAAAUCAAUAGGAAGUGACCCUACAACUCCCCAAAAACCAUUGCAAAGUCACCAAAAUUCACAGAAAGUGACCCAGAAAUGCCCCAAAAUGAACAGAAAGUGACCCAAAAAUCAACCUGGUCUAAAAUUAACAGGAUGUGACCCAGAUAUGCCCCAACAUCAACAGGAAGUGACAAAAAAAAAUCAAACUGCCCCAAAAUUAAAAGAAAGUAACUCUAAAACUCCCCCAAAUCCAUUACAAGGUCACCAAAAUUCACAGAAAGUGACCCAGAAAUGCCACAAACUUACCAGAACGUGAUCCCAAAAAUCAACCUGAUCUAAAAUUUAACAGGAUGUGACCCAGAUAUGUCCCAACAUCAACAGGAAGUGACCAAAUAAAAAAUCAACCUGCCCCGAAAUUAAAAGGAAGUGACUCUAAAACUCCCCCAAAUCCAGUACAAAGUGACCAAAAUUCAUAGGAAAUAAUCCAAAAAUGCCCCAAAUUUAAGAGUAAGUGUCCCAAUAAAAUGCCCAAAAAUCAAUUUAAGUUAACCUAAAACAUCCCAAAAUUCAUUGAAAAGUGAUCAAAAUUAACAGGAAACGACCCAGAAAUCAAACUGCCCCAAAAUCAAUAGGAAGUGACCCUACAACUCCCCAAAAACCAUUGCAAAGUCACCAAAAGUCACAGAUAGUGACCCAGAAAUGCCCCAAAAUGAACAGAAAGUGACCCAAAAAUCAACCUGGUCUAAAAUUUAACAGGAUGUGACCCAAAAAAGCCCCAACAUCAACAGGAAAUGACCAAAAAAAUAUCAAACUGCCCCGAAAUUAGAAGGAAGUGACUCUAAAACUCCCCAAAAUCCAUUACGAACUGACCAAAAUUCAUAGGAAAUAAUUAAAAAAUGCCCCAAAUUUAAGAGUAAGUGUCCCAAUAAAAUGCCCAAAAAUCAAUUGAAGUUACCCUAAAACAUCCCAAAAUUCAUUGAAAAGUGACCACAAUUCACAGGAAACGACCCAGAAAUGUCCCAAAAUUAACAGGAAGUGACCCAAAAAUCAAACUGCCCCAAAAUCAAUCGGAAGUGACCCUACAACUCACCAAAAACCAUUACAAAGUCACCAAAAUUCACAGAAAGUGACCCAGAAAUGCCCCAAAAUUAACAGAAAGUGACCCAAAAAUCAACCUGGUCUAAAAUUUAACAGGAUGUGACCCAGAUAUGCCCCAACAUCAACAGGAAGUGACCCCAAAAAAAAAUCAAACUACCCCAAAAUUAAAAGGAAGUGACUUUAAAACUCCCCAAAAUCCAUUACAAAGUAAUUAAAAUUGACAGAAAAUGACCCAAAAA